UAAUUCGAUAUGUCUCUAUACUAUAAAUUCCUAUUAUUGAGGGACCAAACCUUGGUUUUCAGUAAAGGAAGGGGCGAAAAUGAGAAUAUCCGACACUUUUAAGCUUCCACGAAAAAAGAAAAAGAAAAAAAAUUGAUUUUCAAGGUUUAGCGGUCAAAAAAUUUGCGAUCUUUUGAAAAAUUUCGUUGGCUCAAUUUCCCUGCAUUUACGAACCGAAAAUUUCCGCUUGUAGCUAUGGCCAGUGAAGCCGGCUGCCACAAUCCCGACGACUGGGAGCUCAUAAACAUCGACGGCUUCGUCUGCAAGCGCAAAAAGCGCCCCCGCCUCGAACCCGCCGUCGCCGCCCCUCCGCCGCCGGAUCCGGAGGCUGAGCGGAAGCACCGCCUUGAGCGAAGGAAGAGGGCCCUGCUGAAGUUGAGGGAGAGGUAUUUGGAAGAGAUCAGCCGGUGGGAACUUUUGUCGAAUACGUUGACGGCAAUGGAGCAGAACGCUACUACGCAGUCGAUGGAGCGUCAGGAGCUGCAUCCCACGACGUCUUCUGAUGGGGCUUCAAGCUCCGGCGAGCCUUCCGCGGCGGAUUCCUCUCGCCGAAGACUCGUCGAUGAUCUUCUCUCUCAGGUUGAAGCACAGGAGGCAAUAAUUGGGUGCGUAUCGAAUUUGUGCGAUGUAGCUGAAGGGCUGUGCAGUGCACAAGAGGAGAGAUUAAAGCAGCAGCUAAUAGACCUACCGAUUUGGGUUCCGUCGCCGCACGAGCUCAUGGCUGCAUUAGGUGAUGAUGAUCAAUAGGCAUCUCUGUAAGUGUAAAAGUUUUGAUUAUUUUUCUGAUUGGAAAAAAAAUAGCAAUUAGGAGAAACUGUACAAUGGCCGCAGAUGUGUUGAAUUGUUGAGUUGCUUCUUAGCUGUAUAAACUAGGAUUCAUGGGAUGUAGUUGAUCUUUGAGCAAGAACAUUGUGAAAUGAUGGAUGACAUUUCUGGUUGGGCAUUUCUUGAUGUCUUCAAGUAUCUCCAUCGGGUGGUGGUGGUGGCGGUCCGAUGGCGGAUUAAGGUGUUCAUAUGAAGCUUUGUAUGAUUUAUAUGCAGAUUUGCUUUUGGUUAGAUGUUAGAUUUUGUAAGCAAUGAUCUCAUCUAAAUGUGAUUUUUCUGAGAAAGGUGUUGAUCAUGUUAGGGUGUUGUAUGAUCAGCUUAUGCCCAAAAUUCUUUUCUCAUUUCACAGGGUGUAUUACUAUUUGAAGUUUAUUGUCUUUGUCUCAGUCUGUUUCUAACUGUGGCAACUGUAUUAAGUAAUGUUAAGCCUAUAUUUUUCAUUA